GGACAUUGCUUGAGCCGGCGCUUGCCUAAUUGUUCCCCACGGCCCGUUCAGACAUUGACUUGCCGAUGACAUGAUGCCUUCAGUAGAUCGCAGCGAGCGGCUGGAGUCGGCUAUACAAUCCCGUGGCACGUGCACAUUCGGCUGUGAACUCCCAGUAUAAAGUGGUGGACCAAUCACAAUCCUGAUAUUGUCAAGCCGCAUCCACCCGGCCUUCAUGAUGCACUCUUUGACAUUCAGCUCGGCCUAAUUAGUCUUUGUCCUCUUGUGCACCAGGUGACUGCCACUCAUACGGAACGCUCGCCGAGUCUCUCGAGGCAUUGAUCAUGUCGGCUCCCUCAAGAUGUGUUCAGCGCACCAGUCGCGCCUUGCCUGCGCGUCUCGCGACAAAGCGCGCUGGUAAUGUCGUCACCAGAUCUGCCACCAUCUCGACUUCAAAGCGGAACAUACAGACCGCUCGAACCGUCGCUAGCAUUCCACGACAUUUCAGCCGCCGAGAAUUCUGCACGACAAGGAGACUUCGGAGCGAUGAAGACGACAGCAUUGACCCCGCCACGGUCGAGCGCGAAUCUGAUGAGGUGGACGUCUGCAUUGUCGGUGGCGGGCCUGCCGGGCUCAGUGCAGCCAUUCGGCUGAAGCAGCUCGCGAACGAGGCCGGCAACGAGGAUUUUAGGGUUCUCGUGCUGGAGAAGGCGGGCGACAUGGGCGCACACAUUGUCUCGGGCGCCGUGAUACAGCCCUCGAGCAUCAACGAGCUGAUCCCAGACUGGCUGGACGAGGGCAACCCGAACCGAUUCGAGCAUGCGACACCAGCAGGGUCGGACAGGAUGCGAUUCCUGACCAAGACGUCGGCAAUCCCUAUCCCUUCACCCCCUCAGAUGAGCAACCACGGAAACUACAUUGUGAGCUUGAACCAGUUUGUCAAAUGGCUAGGCGAGAGGGCAGAGGAAAUCGGCGUCGAAGUAUACCCUGGAUUUGCGGCGGCCGAGGUUCUCUACGACACGGACGGCUCCGUCAAGGGCGUGGCGACGAAUGAUCUCGGUAUUGCACGGAACGGCAAGCCCAAGGAUACCUUUGAGCGUGGCAUGGAGUUCCACGCCAAGGUCACCAUGUUUGGCGAGGGCUGCCACGGCAGUCUGAGCAAGCAGGUCAUCAAGAAGUUUGACUUGCGGAGCGACAGCCAACAUCAGACAUACGGCUUGGGAAUCAAGGAGGUGUGGGAGGUGGACCCGGCCAAGUUUGAAAAGGGCUCGAUUGUCCACUCCAUGGGCUAUCCUCUAUCCAAGGACGUGUACGGCGGUUCGUGGAUGUACCACUUUGGCGACAACCUGGUGUCGCUGGGUCUGGUCGUGUCGCUGGACUACCAGAACCCGUGGAUGUCACCGUACCAGGAGUUCCAAAAGCUCAAGAUGCAUCCCCUGUUCCGCAAUGUCCUGGAAGGAGGCAAGUGCAUCUCGUAUGGUGCUCGCGCUCUGAUUGAGGGCGGCUUCCAGUCGAUCCCAAAGGUGGCCUUCCCCGGUGGCGCCUUGAUCGGUGACUCGGCUGGCUUCGUCAACGUUCCCAAGGUCAAAGGCACCCACAAUGCCAUGAAGUCCGGCAUGUUGGCCGCCGAGGCAGCCUGGACCGCCAUCGGCAAGAGCGAGGAGGGCACCGUCUUCCUGUACGAUUACGAAGACAAGCUGCGCAAAUCGCCCAUCUGGUCUGAACUCAAAGAGGUCCGCAACAUGCGUCCGUCAUUCCACAACCCACUUGGCCUCUACGGCGGGAUCCUGUACUCUGGUCUUGAGGCGUACCUCCUCAAGGGCAGGACGCCGUGGACCUUGAAGCACAAGACGCCGGACCACGCUUCCACCAAGCCAGCCGAUCAGUUCCCCAAGAUUGAAUACGAAAAGCCCGACGGCAAGAUUACCUUUGACAUCUUGACCAGCGUCUCGCGGACAGGCACCAACCAUGAGGAGGACCAACCCGUGCAUCUGCAGGUCAAGGACUGGGACAAGCACAAGGACGAGACAUACCCUCCCUACCAAGGGUUGGAGAACCGUUUCUGCCCUGCCGGCGUCUACGAAUACGUCGAGGAUCCUUCCAAGAAGCAUGGCGUUCGAUUCCAGAUCAACGCCCAGAACUGCAUUCACUGCAAGACGUGCGAUAUCAAGGCGCCCCAUCAAGAUAUCAAUUGGCAGGUGCCACAGGGCGGGGAGGGACCCAAGUACUACAUGACAUAGGACUAUAUGUCAUACCAGUUCUUUGUGUGUAUACCCAGAAUCUGUAAAGAAUCCGGUUGGCAUUGCAUGUAGGGGAAUGACAAGGCCGCCACUCCAGGUUCUUUACCUCGUAUAGACGUCUGCGUGAUUGUAUGUAUGUCUACUCAGUACGUACGGGGCCAAACAGAGGCAACACAGCCCAGCGAAGGGCAAUAAAUGGCGUUCAUGUUCAUGAGUCACAGUAGCGCGCAAUGUCUCACAGUUGGCUCACGGUUCGUACGGACCACGUGAGUCUUGUCGGAAGAGUCUUUUGAGAUUCAUCCCUUCCCUUGAUGGAGGACAAU